AUGACUGCUGUUCUAUAUCUUUGCCUCCUCUGUUUCUCCUUCACCCCGUCUCUGCAACACGUCAGCGAGUCUGAGCCGCUCAUGCGGUUCAAAACCUCGGUGAAUAUAACCAAAGGGGACCUGAAUUCAUGGAGAACUGGAACCGAUCCUUGCAAUGGCAAAUGGUUUGGGAUAUACUGCCAAAGGGGUCAAACAAUCUCCGGUAUUCACAUUACCAAGCUCGGUCUCUCUGGGAUCAUCCAUGUCGAGGAUCUAAAGGAUCUCCCAAACCUAAGGACAAUCAGGCUUGACAAUAAUCUUCUUUCGGGCCCACUCCCUCCUUUCUUCAAGCUCCAUGGCCUGAGAUCGCUCUUGCUGUCAAACAAUAGCUUUUCUGGAGAGAUCGCUGCUGAUUUCUUCAAGGAUAUGCUACAACUUAAGCGCGUAUUUUUAGAUCACAACGAUUUCACUGGGAAUAUUCCCACAUCCUUGAUGCAACUCACGGGCCUGGAGGAGCUUCACUUGCAAGCCAACCAGUUCUCUGGUGAGAUACCUUUGCUUACAGAUGGAAACAAGAAUCUUAAAUUACUCGACCUCUCCAACAAUAACCUGGAGGGAGAGAUCCCAAAGAGCAUAGCAGAAAGAAAUAUUGUGAAGAUGAACUUUCAAGGCAACCAGAAGCUUUGUGGACAGCCGCUGAAUAUCAUUUGCGAUGAUAAACCACCAGCGUUAGGAAAAAACCCUAACGAAGUCACCGGGAAAGCCGUCUUUAUGGUCAUACUUUUUCUUUUGAUAUUCUUGAUCCUGGUGGCAAUUAUAACAAGAUGGAAGAAGAAGAGGCAGCCCGAGUUCAGGAUGCUCAGCAAGGACCACCUAAGUGACACUGAAAGCGUGGAAGUACGCAUGCCAGACUCCGUAAAGAAGCCUGUUGAGGCGAGCAAGAAGCGAAGUAACGCGGACGGAUCCUCUAAAAAAGGUUCAACCCAUCAUGGGAAAAGUGGAGGAGGAGGCGGCAUGGGAGACAUUAUAAUGGUAAACAGCGAGAAAGGCUCCUUUGGUUUACCCGAUCUCAUGAAGGCUGCGGCCGAGGUGCUAGGCAACGGUAGCCUAGGGUCGGCCUAUAAGGCCGUCAUGGCCAAUGGAUUAUCCGUGGUUGUAAAGCGGAUCAGGGAUAUGAACAAGCUGUCACGUGAUGCGUUCGAUGUUGAGCUACAACGUUUUGGGAAACUACGACAUCCUAACGUUCUUACUCCUUUAGCUUAUCAUUACCGUCGUGAAGAAAAGCUUGUAGUCUCGGAAUACAUGCCGAAAAGCAGUCUACUCUACGUUUUGCACGGAGAUCGAGGGACUUUUCAUUCCGAGCUAACUUGGUCAACAAGGUUGAAGAUUAUACAAGGAGUCGCACUUGGGAUGCAGUUCUUGCAUGAAGAGUUUGCGUCCUACGAACUUCCCCAUGGAAAUCUAAAGUCCAGUAACGUUCUAUUAAGUGAAACCUAUGAGCCACUGGUCAGUGAUUACGCAUUCCUCCCACUUCUUCAGCCUGACAACGCCUCGCAGGCGUUAUUCGCUUUUAAAUCCCCGGAAUUCGCUCAAAACCAGCAGGUUUCACCAAAAUCUGAUGUAUAUUGCCUCGGAGUAAUCCUUUUAGAGAUCAUGACGGGAAAGUUCCCUUCGCAGUACCUAAACAACGGCAAAGGUGGCACAGAUAUCAUUGAAUGGGUGCAAUCUUCGGUGGCGCAGCAUAAAGAAGAAGAACUUAUUGAUCCAGAGAUAUCGAGUAAUACUGAUUCGUUGCAACAAAUGGUAGAAUUGCUGCGGAUAGGCGCUGUGUGUAUUGCAAGUAAUCCAGAUGACAGGGAAAACAUGAAAGAAAUUGUUACAAGAAUAGAACGAAUAACGAUUUGA